AAGUUAAAAAAAAAAAUUGAAGUAGGAAACAAUCAUAGGUGGGGGAGAGUAGUGGGAGAAGGGAAAAACAAUGGAGAAGAAGACGAAAGUGGUGAUUGUGGGAGGUACGGGCUACUUGGGUCAGCAUCUUCUUCAAGCUUUCCCCGGAGAUCGUUACGACGUCGCUUUCACUCAUCACUCUUGUCCCCUUCCGCCCCUCUUGCUCGACGCUUUCCCACAUUUCCCAUCCUUUCAUGUCGAUCUCAAAACCGGUCUUGGUUUCAAUUCCAUCUCCCACCACUUCGGCCAGCCCGACGUGGUUGUGAAUUGUGCAGCUCUCUCUGUUCCUCGAGUUUGUGAGCAAGAUCCAGAUUCCGCUACCUCCAUCAACGUCCCUUCUUCCCUUGUUAACUGGUUGUCAUCAUCUUUUCAGACAAAAGACAAAACCUUGUUGAUUCAUCUCUCUACAGAUCAAGUUUAUGAAGGUGUCAAGUCUUUCUACAAGGAAGAAGACGAGACUCUUGCUGUAAACGUUUACGGGAAAUCAAAAGUUGCAGCAGAGCUUCUCAUCAGAGAUAAAUGUCAUAACUUUGCUAUAUUGAGGAGUAGUAUCAUCUUUGGUCCUCACACUCUAUCACCACUCCCUAAGAAUCUCCCUGUUCAGUGGAUGGAUAGUGUCUUACAGAAGGGAGACACAGUAGAUUUCUUCCAUGAUGAGUAUCGCUGUCCCAUUUACGUUAAGGAUCUCGUGAGCAUCAUCUUGAUGUUGAUUGACAGAUGGGUUCUCUCAGGUAGAUUCUUUCUCUCAGGUAGAUGCCUUCUUUCAGAUGAUAAACAGAUGCGGCUAGUUUUGAAUGCUGGUGGACCGGACAGACUCUCUCGUGUUCAAAUGGCAGAAGUGGUUGCGCAAGUCAGAGGACAUGAUCUUUCCUUGAUUAAACAUGUUUCUGCUUCAUCGGUUGAUCGAGGAGUGGUGUCACCAGCAGAUAUAUCAAUGGACAUAACCAAACUGAUUCAGACACUUGACAUCUCCCCAACUUCUUUUAAAGAUGGUGUUAGGUUAACGCUUCAGUCUGAAUCUCGUUCCCAUAUCCUCUCGUAACAUUGUUCCUUCUGUCUUCCUUACCUACUACUGCUUCUUUCUACUAGGUAAAUUUUGGUUAUGAUAAAACCAAAUUUAAUAUGAAUAUGGAUUGAUUGAAACGGUUCUGGUUUUAUUGUUUACUUUUGUUUUAUUGUUUUGCAACUAAGUUCUCGUUCCAUC